ACUCUCUCCCUUCUCUAAUCGCGGAGUCUCCGAAGUUUCUCUGUCAGAAAAAAUGCAGUCGUCAACGUAUGCGGUUAAAGGAAACGCCGCGUUUGCGUUUCAGAGACGGACCUUGUCUUCUAACAGAUCGGCGACUUCUACCGGAAUUCGUUUCGCUGGUAAGAAGAGCAUAGCCACCACCGGACCACUCUACUGUUCUGGUUCGAAAGCCAUGGGAGCUAAGCUUGCUCGUGCUGAAAACGGGAUCCAGAGCGUUAUGAGUUUCUCUUCGGUCAAAGCUCGAUCGGUCAGAGCUCAAGCCUCCUCUGGAGAUGCAGAAGAAGCUAUACCUCUGAGAUCUGAAGGAGGAAAAAGCUCUGGAACGGUUUUACCUUUUGUUGGUGUUGCUUGUCUUGGUGCUAUACUCUUUGGUUAUCAUCUUGGGGUAGUCAAUGGUGCUCUUGAAUACCUUGCUAAGGAUCUUGGGAUCGCCGAAAAUACUGUUUUGCAAGGCAAUGCUCUGCUUGCUGGUGCCACGGUAGGUUCAUUCACUGGAGGUGCAUUAGCUGACAAAUUUGGACGAACACGAACUUUUCAAUUGGAUGCUAUCCCGCUUGCCGUUGGAGCUUUCUUAUGUGCAACAGCUCAGAGUGUGCAGACUAUGAUUGUGGGACGUCUGCUUGCAGGAAUUGGAAUCGGAAUCUCAUCAGCGAUUGUACCACUUUACAUAUCUGAGAUAUCACCAACUGAAAUCCGCGGAGCUCUCGGAUCUGUGAACCAGUUGUUCAUAUGUAUAGGAAUACUUGCAGCCUUGAUAGCUGGAUUACCCCUUGCAGCAAACCCUCAAUGGUGGAGGACGAUGUUUGGUGUUGCAGUUAUCCCUUCCGUUCUACUAGCCAUAGGAAUGGCUUUUUCUCCAGAAAGCCCAAGGUGGCUCGUUCAGCAAGGAAAAGUCACUCAAGCUGAAAAGGCGAUCAAAACUCUGUAUGGUAAAGAAAGAGUGGUUGAACUAGUGCGUGACUUAUCAACCUCUGGCCAAGGUUCUUCAGAGCCAGAAGCAGGAUGGUUUGAUCUAUUCAGCAGCCGCUACUGGAAAGUUGUCAGCGUAGGGGCUGCUCUGUUUUUGUUUCAACAGUUAGCCGGGAUAAACGCAGUUGUGUACUACUCUACAUCGGUGUUCCGUAGUGCUGGAAUCCAAUCUGAUGUUGCAGCCAGUGCUCUCGUUGGAGCAUCAAAUGUCUUUGGCACUGCUGUUGCUUCAUCCUUGAUGGACAAAAUGGGAAGGAAAAGUCUUUUACUCACAAGCUUUGGUGGAAUGGCUUUGUCGAUGCUGUUGCUCUCCUUGUCCUUCACAUGGAAGGCUCUUGCUGCAUAUUCUGGAACCCUUGCCGUUGUUGGAACUGUCCUAUAUGUCUUGUCAUUCUCACUUGGUGCUGGCCCGGUACCUGCUCUUCUCCUUCCAGAGAUAUUUGCAUCCCGAAUCAGGGCAAAAGCCGUCGCUCUUUCUCUUGGCAUGCAUUGGAUAUCAAACUUUGUGAUUGGACUGUACUUCUUAAGCGUUGUGACUAGAUUUGGAAUCAGCAGUGUCUACUUGGGUUUUGCCGGAGUCUGCGUCCUUGCGGUCCUCUACAUUGCAGGAAACGUCGUAGAGACUAAAGGGCGAUCACUGGAGGAAAUAGAGCUUGCUCUUACAUCUGGAGUAGAAGAAGAAGAGGAAGUUGAUUCUUUCAACUUGUUAGAGCUUUCACCAUCUUCGAUGACUUUACUCUGAGAAUUCUUGCUCGCUGCAUUUCAGUUUAGAGCUUUUAGUCUAGUGGAUAUGAACUGCGAAAAAGCUAACUACAGUAUAAUACCUUUAGGUUUCUUCUUAAGAAUCUUUGUAUUGGCUUUAAUUUGCAUACGUCUCUUGUGCAGCUCCUGUAGUAAACUCAAAACAUAACC